CAUUUUUGUCUUACAAAAAAAAAAAAUGUUCAAAUUAUAAUGACAAAAUUUCGACUGAAGGCUUCUUUUGUCCGUGAAAAGACAAAUAAUUACUCCAGUUCCAGUCAUAAAGAUAAAACCUGAAGCGUCCGGCGAUUGUCCCGACGAGACGAGAAUUGUUGCAAUGGAAAAGGCAAACCCAGAGCAGGUCGGCGAUUGUCCCGAUCGUCCUCCUUACGAACUUCUCCUGAUUUGUCCCUCUGGUCUCUCACCUUCACAGGUGUCUGUGGUUUUCGAUGAAGCGUACGAUAGGAUUCCCCACCCGGCAAUCGACUUGGAAAACUCUGUUUCUGAGAUAUGGGAUCUGAGGGUUCAGCAAAACUCAUCAUUGUUUAAUGGCAAAAAGUUCAGGUACGGUGGACACGCCUUACUCAGUGGGGCUGACUCCGAUCAUUUGCCCCGCGUAUGCCUCCACCUUGGUUUGACAGAUUAUAGGACUUUUGUGGGGACAAAUUUAAAUCCAAUGUGGGAAAAGUUUCUUGUUCCAUCAGAAGAUGAUUGUAGGAAGUGCCAGCACACCUCAAGUCCUCUGGGUAAUGGUGCAGUUGUAGAGACAUCUGACAAGAAGAUUCUUGUGCUGCAAAGAAGUUAUAAUGUUGGGGAAUUUCCUGGACACUACGUUUUUCCUGGAGGCCAUCCUGAGCCCGAAGCAGUUGGGAUAGUAUCUCAUCAAUAUGCAAAAGACUCGAACAAUGCUGAGCUUAUUAGUAAUAGAGUCUCUCAAGAGAUGUUUGACAGCAUUAUUCGUGAAGUAGUUGAAGAAAUUGGAGUACCUGCAACAACCCUUUGCAAUCCAGACUUUAUCGGUAUAUCUCGCAGAGAUCUGAACAUGAGACCUACUGCUUUUUUCUUCAUAAAAUGCAAUCUCCAGUCAAAGGAAAUUCAACAAUUUUAUUCUCGUGCACAAGAUGGCUACGAGUCAACACAGCUGUAUACUGUUUCCAUGAAAGACUUGGAAAUCAUGGCAUCUAAAAUGCCUGGCUGCCACCAAGGGGGAUUUGCACUUUAUAAGUUGAUGGUCGAAGUGGCAAAACAUACAUAAUAGUAGCAGCCACAAAACUAUAAAUAAGAGAUACGUAAUGGAAGUCCGUGAUUCCUACCCGAUCAAGGUUGUCAGCCCUUUGCAAUUGAGCCGUUCUGGGAGAUAAUUUUAUGGCUUGGACUAUCUCCCGUGGGAUCUUUUAUCUUCCUUCCAGUUCAUGUUGAACAUAAUUGAUAUGGCAUAUUGCCUAUACGGAUUAAGCCUAUACAAUUAACUCAAAACUGUGUUAAUACUCAUAACUCAUGUUGUUGAAUUGCUAUUACUUACAGUAGAUCCAUAAUAUAUUCUCACACUUGAUUGACCAUUA